UCGCUCCCCGACACCCUUCCUCCCCGCCCACCGAGCCACCCAACCACCCCAGCCAUGGGCGCGUCGCCAACCCCGCCCUCGCAGCAAUACCCUCCUACUGUCUCUCCUCGAUUCUCAUGACGGUUGCACUCAAACUUGUGUUGUCGAGUUAUCAGUUCAAACUCAAUUUCUUACUACUGGAUGUUCAGUCACUUGUCUGUGUUGUUGAUUUGGAGGCGUGUACGGCGUUUGGAUUGGUGACGAGACGCGCUUUCAGAAAGAGUGAUGCGCAGAAAUGGUUCAUCGUCUCCUUCUCCCUCGCGGCCAUGAUCUACACCGGCUCCAAAGCCCUUCAAUACCUCGGCAUGCUUUCACGCGACAAUAACAACAACUGGACUCGGGCAUUUCGAGUCUUCGACGGCAAGCAAACAACGGCGGGGGACUGCUGGCGAGAAGAACGGCCGAGACGAGACUUCACAACGGAAUCAUCUUCUUCUCGGAGCUUGGCCAGCGAAACGGGUGACAGUUCCAAACUGCUUUUUGUCGCAAAUGUGAGGGGGAAAUCAAACGAUAGUUAUCCCAGGAUGUUCUAAGAACUAUGUGGAACGGAAUAAAUUACUAUAGCGGGAUGGGGAAGACCAAAAUCAUGCCGUC